CUUCAUUUCAGUAAGAUGCUUGUUAAACAUCAUAGCUGAUAGAGAUACUCAAUGUAAGUCUGGCAGAGUGGCCGUCAACCUGAGAAGUUCAGUGAAAAGGGGGUUUGUUGGAGUUUUUGGUAACAAUGCGCUUGUCGAAAGCUCUGAUAGAAAUGGACUUGCCAGAUUACACUGCUGCCUUAGACCCUGCUUAUACAACUCUGGAAUUUGAGAAUAUGCAAGUGUUAGCCAUGGGUAAUGAUACAUCUCCAAGUGAAGCCACCAACAUGAAUUCCGCUAACAACAUUGGGCUCAGCACUCUAUGUGCAAUUUGUGGUGAUCGGGCUACAGGAAAACAUUACGGUGCGUCCAGUUGCGAUGGCUGCAAAGGGUUCUUCAGGCGAAGUGUCCGAAAAAAUCACAUGUAUUCCUGCAGGUUUAACAGACAAUGCAUUGUAGAUAAGGACAAACGAAACCAAUGUAGAUACUGCAGAUUAAAAAAGUGCUUUAGAGCAGGAAUGAAAAAGGAAGCUGUGCAGAAUGAAAGAGACAGGAUAAGUACGAGGCGAUCCAGCUAUGAGGACAGCAGUUUGCCUUCAAUUAAUGCACUUAUACAAGCAGAGGUUCUUUCUCGUCAGAUCUCAUCUCCUCUUUCAGUGAUAAACAGUGACAUCAGGUCUAAAAAGAUUGCAGUGAUCAGUGACAUAUGUGAAUCUAUGAAACAGCAGCUUUUGGUCUUGGUAGAGUGGGCUAAAUAUAUCCCAGCUUUCUGUGAGUUACCACUGGAUGAUCAGGUUGCCUUAUUGCGAGCCCAUGCUGGGGAGCAUUUACUGCUUGGGGCAGCAAAACGUUCCAUGAUGUAUAAAGAUGUUCUGCUCUUAGGCAAUGACUACAUUAUUCCCCGCAAUUGCCCAGAGCUGGAAAUAAACCGUGUAGCAACUAGAAUUCUGGAUGAACUGGUGCAAACAUUUCAAGAGCUUCAGAUCGAUGAUAAUGAAUAUGCCUGCCUGAAAGCAGUUGUUUUCUUUGAUCCAGAUGCCAAAGGACUCAGUAAUCCGGCCAAAAUAAAACGCAUGCGGUUCCAGGUGCAAGUCAGUUUGGAGGACUAUAUUAAUGACAGACAGUAUGACUCUCGGGGGCGAUUUGGAGAGCUGCUGCUAUUGCUACCCACUCUACAGAGUAUCACUUGGCAAAUGAUAGAGCAAAUCCAGUUUGUUAAACUCUUCGGAAUGGCUAAAAUUGAUAACCUUCUUCAAGAGAUGCUUCUGGGAGGUACUGCAAAUGAUGCGCCACACACACAUCAUUCACUACAUCCUCAUCUAGUCCAGGAGCACCUGGCAAGUAAUGUGAUAGUAGCCAGUACAAUGCCUGCUCCAGUUCAAAAUGGGCAGAUCUCCACACCUGAAACUCCAUUACCUUCUCCACCUGGAAGUUCUACAUCAGAGCCAUACAAACUAGUAGCAGGUUCUGUAUCAAAACCACCAACAUCAGUUCCUCAGCAAACCAUUCCAAAACAAGAGGCAAUUUAACAGAUGGGAAGCAUCUCAGAGCAAAAGUCAUCAAUAAAUAGCUCAACAGAUUUUCUACCGCAAGAGAACUGUUUUAUGAGAACACAGUUCUACCAAGAACUAAUAAGAACUGUGUCCCAUUUUAAAAGAUGACACAGAUGAAAUCAUAGAUAAGUAAAAGAUUAAUGUUAAUAUAUGUUGAACUGACUGCCAGUCUAAUACCAUACCCUUAGGUUUCCAAGAGACUGCUUUUCACUAUAGAAAAUUGGAUUAAGUUCAAAUUCAGGAUAUAUCAUGAUAGUCAUUUCCUUCAACUUAAUAGUUGAUUUUAACUCUGGUUGCCUGGUGGUUAUUGCAGAGGAAGAGGAUUACAAGGAUGAAGUUUAAGAUAAUAGAGGGCUCAUAGUAUGUCUGGAUGCCUCCUGUUUGGAUUUUAACUCAUCUGAGACACUGAAGAGCAUCAGAUAGCACAUGGCCAGUGAGGUAAUCAACAUCACAACACCAAUUUAACUGAAAGAUUUAAGAGCCAACUAUGAGAUUUGGUAGGAAUCAAUGAAAAGGCCAGAUUAAGUUUUCAAUUUGAAUUUUUUUGGACAUUACUAACGGGUCCUCAAGCUUUACUCAAAGUUAAUGUGCCUUCUCUUUUAGGCUUUGGCUCUCUCUUUCAGUGCCAUAUCCUAUGAAACUUUCCCACAAUAACAUCACCUCAGAAAUGAUCCCUUUGUAUCCUCAGUGUGCUUUGCCCCCAGCUUCCAGCCCUGAUGUCAGUCACGUCCAGUAGACAGUAAUGCAAUAUUCAAAAGGGGCCCAGUUUGUGUCAACAACCUGAAUUUCAUGCUGAAGUCAUCAUGACGGCCUCACACCCACCCUACAUCGUAUCCACCACAGCAUUCCCCAAGUUGAAAGCAGGUUUUCCUAGUGAACUGAUACAAAUGAAGUGUAUGCAUUCAUCUCACUUAAAUAAUGUUCAGUAUCUGACAUAUAGUCAGAAUGCACAACCGACUGUGAAUUAGAUUUUGACAUGAACUCAGGAUUAAUUUGCAAUUUUUUGACUCUGAGUACAAUGAUUCUCAGUGCAAUUUUCAAUGCACACCUACUUUGAGCAGACCUAUCUUUUGAACUAUAAGUAAUUUUAAUAUUUAUGAAUUGGUAGUAUUUGGACUUUUCUAUAAAUUCAGUUCCAAUGUCCUUCCUCUCAGUUAGUAUUAGCAAACUUUUGUGUAUCAUAUUUUUAAAUUCUCUUUUAUACCAUUUCAAUUUAAGUAGAUGUACAUAUGAGAGAAAAAAGAUUUUAUAUGUUUAAAAUGUUUAGCCUACUUAAAAAGAUUUGUUCUCCUUGCUACAAAUAUAAAGUAGUAACAUUUUCUGAUCCCGUAAUUUCAUCUAAUGGUCUGAAAGUAAUUUGUAGUUAUUCUUCAGUGUACAAACACAUACAAGUAUACGUACAAUACACAUUAAAUGUCAAAUGUUUUAAAACAGCCAUACUUACUUGGACUGCCACAAGUGGAUCCUAUACCAAGAUAGGAUGUCUUGUUUUCAAAUGCCACUUACCCCCACAUAGCAGCAACAAUGUAUCACUUCACUUAAUCUAGACAAACACAGAAAUCACACGUGAAUUAAGAGGAGUCAGGGCUAAUCAACUGCUAAUUGAUGUCUUGUACAUCACAAUGGAAAAUAUUUGUCAAAAGUACUUUUUAUAAAAAUGAGGCUAAGGACAUUCUGAAGUUGUGAAAUAUGUGAGAUAAUUGCACGUAUUUUUAUUUUUUGUAUACUUUUGGGAGGCUAUAUAUGAGGUUUCUCCUAUCUGACCCCCUUUCCUUCAGCAGGCAAUAAGAGAACCUCAGAAAAACGGUGUAAAUGGGAUUUUGGGCAGGCUUACCAACCAGUCUUUUUAAGGUAGCCACAAUUUUUUUUGCAGUACAAACUAUUAACAUGUGGGUUUUGCAUGUUACCAUCAUGACACCAAUUGCAUUAAGGCCUUAAUAAAUGCAAGUAGAUUAAUAAGAGCAAAAAUAUACCUUUUGAAGAACAUGAAAAACAAUACUGUCAUACUUUCUCCUCCACCAGGUUUGUUAUUUGGACCCACACAGGCUUAGGAUGAGUAACUAUUCACGGACCUUUUUACCAAUUUUUCUGUCUUCUGCAAAUUUCCCAACUAUGCCUCCCACACUCAAAUUUAAAUCAUUAAUUUUUACCAUAAACAGCAAAGUGUGCUCUGUGGAACACUGCUAGAACCUAUUUUCCAUUCACAAAAACAUUCAUCAACCACUAUCCUUUAGUUCCCAUCACUGAGCCAAUUUUGGAUCAAACUCACCACAUUUCCAUGCACCCCAUGGGCUUUAAUUUUUUUCUGACUGUACUUUGUGGGCCCUUGUCAAAUGCCACAUUAAAAUCCACUUAUUCAGUGUCCAUUGCACUCCCGCAUCAAUCUUCCUUAUUACUACUUCAAAAACUUAAAUUCAGUCAGUAAGAUGUGACCUUCCCUUAACAAAAUCAUGCUGACUGUCACUGAUUAGAAUGCACUACCUCAAGCACAUUUUGCUUAGUACAGAGACUGUGCCAUCAAAUGAUAAUUCAGGUUGAUUUUUUUGUAUAAAUGUGAGCAGAUUUGCUCUUUUCAGGAAUCUACAUAUGUUUAAAGUGAAAAACAUCACUUACAAAAUAUUAAAAUGGGCUGAUGAAAAUGCUGGCAAAAUGUAAUUUUUGUAUAAUUUUUGCUUUAUCAGUCAAUGGAAUUACAAGCAAGCCCAAAUAUUGUUAUUCUACUUGCUGAAAGCAAAGAUUACUUUUUGACAUUACAGCUACAUUAUGCUUUGAAUUUCUUAAGGUCUAUUAGCAGAAUAUUUUUGUUUUAAAAACAUAUUUAUUAUGUGCCAUUUUAUUUAAACCAAGAUGAUUCUUCCUUUGUAUAAAAAUGCUUCUACUGCUUAUUACUUCAGUCUCUACUUUCCUUAUUGUGAAAUAAUUCUGGGGUAAUAUUUGGUCUAUUUAAUAUACAGGGUUUUAAUAGCACUGUGGUAAAAUCUUUACUGCAUUGUAAAGAGUAUAUUUAAAAGACACCAGCUAUAAUGGAAUAAUGAAUAUGGUGUUUAAAAUAUCCUUAAUUGAAUAUGUUACCAUGUAUCGAUUCUUUUAUUAUUCUAUGUGUAUUUUAAACAAUUUAUUGGUUGAAUGCUUGUGAUGUAAUCUAAUUGGCUUUAUCCAUUAAAUACAGUACACAAAAUCUCACUACAUUGCAAGUUGCCCAUUAAUGCUGUUGUAUGCAAAAGCAUGAACGCCCUGAAAGAUAGUGGCCAGAUUUCAUACUUCGUGUGGCAAAGGCACAGUCGAGUUACCAUGUCUGUAAAUAUAGAUUUGGUCCAGGAAUGACUGAAUGGCCUGAAGCUUAUUGCUGACUUGUACACUCAAGGUCAAUUGUCUAACAGAGUCUGAAAAUAUAAUUUUAAUAUUUAGAUUCCUGUCCCUCUAACAGUUAAUUUGAAAAUCACAAACAAAAAGACUGGUAGAGCUUCAAACCAAAAAUUCUACCAGGUGCCUUACACUCUAGAAGGACAACUGGCUUGUCAUGUAAAAUAACACGAACAGCAUGGGUUCAGUGCCUGCUACUGGCUGAGGUUAUCAUGAAAGAUGAUCCUUCUCAACUUCUCCCCUUGACUGAAGUGUGGUGACCUUCAGAGCAAGUCACCACCAGUUAUCUCUCUUCCAAAUGAGAGAGCAGUUCUAUGAUGUGGUAAAACUAUGGUAGCUUUACCAUUUUACUCUGACUCCACUAUGAAAAUCAUUGCCUGUUUGAGUGCUACUGGUCUCAAAAUGGUUGAUUUUGCAAAAUAUGUGCCACUCAACAACAUCUUGAGAAAUGUUUGAACAUCCUGUGUUUCGGUGUAUUAUGUAGAAAUAGUCCCUUGUAGAUUAUUGUCUGAUAAUGCCAGUUGGUUAACACAUGGCCAAAAUUCACAAGCCAAAAAAUAAUGGUAAAGUUAACAUAUAAACUAAACAACACAUCAUCAACCAUAGCUUUCUGAAAAAUUAACAUGAUUUUAUGUUAUCCCAGGUGCAGGUUACUAUCUCAAGCCUCAAAAUGAUCUUUCUGAUUGGCAGCAAUUCUCUAUACCCUUGUAUAAACAUAGAAUUUGAAUAUGUAUGUUCAUCUACAAAAUACAGCAUUCUUUGUCUUUUGAUGUGUUGUACUUUAAAUUUAGUAAAAAAAAUUCUUAUACAUCUUGUAUGAUGAUAAUGAUAUGCAUAUUCAUACAAACCACUGUUCAGUUGUCAAAGGGUUGAUAUCCCACUAAGUAUAGUGGUUAAGCAGAUAUUGACAAGGAGUCUGAUUUUUAUCUGCUUGUGGCAAAAGUGCCUAUGAUAAAGCAUUAGUAGAUUUGUAACUGUAGAUUUUGCACUUCACAUAUUGAACUAUUUUAGUGCUUAUAGCUUCUGGGUGUGGUUCUAGUGCUCAAAACUGCCUGAAGUUCUAAAAAGAAAAUAGUUUUUCUUCUACCUGCAUCCAGGUAGCAUUAAAGUGUACAUAGAACAAAUAAUGACAUUUACUCUAAUUAAUUUAUUGUAAUAUAGAUGUAAUUUUUCAUGGAACUCUGACAUUAUUUUUGUAAAUCAUUUCACUGAUUAAUAGUAAUUAAGAUAAUAACAUAAUUAAGUAGCACAACUGUACAUUGCAUUUUUAAUAAUUUUUGUCCUUGCAUUUUCACUGUAUAAGGUAUUUCUAUACUGAUAUUUCAUUGCAAUGAAUACAGUUCCCUUAAGUCUCUAACAUACACUGCCACAGUCCUGAAUACUGUAGUUAUUAAUGUAUUGUUGUUAUUCCUUUAAACCACGUAAAAACAGAAAUAAUAAAGAAAAUCUUUUUCUAUA